CUGACAUCAGUCUUCACGAUAAUCUCGUGAAUGACGUUCUGAUACUUUAGCAUUAUUUGGUGAGACCUGGUAAAAACAUUAAUUCACCUCGUGUGUACUUUUUACUCACGAAAAUAAAUACACGUUGUUGUAUCAGUGAUAAAGAUGACGUAUCUGAGUUCGUGGGAAGAAUUUGAAAGAGGCGCCGAGAGGUUAUACCUGCAGGAUCCGAUGAACACCCGAUAUACGAUGAAGUAUUGUCAUAGUAAAGGAGUUUUAUGUCUAAAGUUAACAGAUAAUCGACGGUGCCUCCAAUAUAGAACAGAAAUAGCUCAGGACUUAAAAAAAAUGGAAAAAUUCAUAGGCAAUCUCAUGAGACACAUGGCUUCGAAAGACAUUUAAAUAAGAUUUGUAUGUAUAAGGAAUAUGUUUAUCUUGGAGACUAAAACAUACUAUUUUUAUUCAACAAUAUUUUCUUCUUGCCUGACAU